UAUCAAUUUUUUUCAGGAUUCUUUAAUGAAAAGAAAGUUUAAAUGAACAGCAUUUCUUUGAAAUAGAAAUCUUUUGUAACAUUAUGAAUGCCUUUAUUGUCUCUUUUGAUCAAUUUAAUGCAUCCUUGCAGGAUAAACGUAUAUUUAAAAAAUCUUUCAAAAGAGACGUGAUAGUUCACAAAAGACUUUCUGAGGAUGAUUCACAUGUGUCACUGCUGUGCGUGUUUAUUGUGGGUUUGUGUGUGUUCACAGGGUCAGAUUGUGGUCAUUAAGGAGUUGGAUUAUGAGAUCAGUAAUGGUCAUUAUGUGCUGACGGUCACAGCCACAGAUCAGUGUCCUAUACCUCAGUUCAGACGGACCUCCAGCACCACAGUCCUGGUGAAUGUAGUAGAUGUGAACGAUAACGCACCCAUCUUCCCGAGACCAUUCGAAGGUCCGCUUGAAAUCACAGAGGGUCAGCCGGGCCCACGUGUGUGGACCGUUAAAGCCACGGACGACGACUCGGGAUCCAAUGGAAAAGUGGAGUACAGCAUCACAGCAGGGGACCUGAAAAGUGUGUGUGUGUGGUAG